UAUGAGCCACUUGGGACGUUGCAAUCUGGCCAUCCCAGGGCCACGUGGCUUGGGCAUUGUAUCCGGCUCCAUGUGUGUCCCGCCCUACGGGGUCAUCAGAGCUGGCGCAGGGCUGGAGCCCUCAUGUGGUCUGGGAUCUGGCCGCUGAGCUCUCCUCAGGGCCCUGUUGGCAACCAAGCUCCUGGCCUGCCUAUUUGCACUUCGAAGUCUUCGCCUCAGAAGACCUCACAGGUCCCCAAAGUCUUGCCUACUCCCCUGAAUGGGGAGCUGCACUUCUUAAUUCUGGGUGGGCCCCUGCUCGGGAGCCGUGACAGUGGGUGUUGUAAUCUUGGGGUGCAGCUGUCCUACCUCCAGCCUGCACUGACCACAACCCCAGGUGGCAGACUGAUCUGGCAGGGUACUGUGUCUAUGUUCACUCCUGUCCCGUUCACUCCUGUGGCCCCGCAUCCUGCACCACAGUGGGUUCCACACAGGCAACACAGGCAACUUAGUCCCUGCCCUCAGGGUGGCAGUGUGGCCAAAUGCACAGAUCUCCCCAGGCUCUGUGGCAGCCCCACACACUGCCUUGCCCUGCACUGGGACCAUGCUGGAGCACUGGGCAGCAGGUGCUGGCUGCUCAUUCCAACGGCCUACACAUUUGAUGGGGCGACUUCAGCUCCCUAGAUCUGACUGCUCAGUGAUCCAGUUCCAAGGCCUCUGACAGGCCCUAUGAGCUUCCAAGACUCUCUCCCCCUUCCUGGUCCAAGCACAGACAGCCAGACACUGCCUGGGGCACCUGAGCACACCUGGCCUACUGUUUUUUCCAGAAAGCAGGGUCCCAGAGCCUCUGGUUUGAGUGGCUUUGCUGUUGCCCACACCCCUGUAGCAGAGGCACCCUCCUCUGAGCCUCUGGAACUCUGCCGGGCAUGGUGGAAGCAUCUGGCCUCACCCCCCAGGCAGCCUGGUGGAAUACAACACCGUGGGAGGAAGCAUUCCACCUGGGCCACUGGGCGCAGAUGUGGUCCUGCUUUGUGACAUCCCCACGACUCCUCUUGGAAAGCCAUGAGCACGUUUCCUGCAGUUUCCACUGAUCUAGGCUUCAACAGCCCGGCCCCUGUCUGCCUGGAUGGCACUUCCCCACCAGCCUCUCAAGCAGGAAACCUGGAGGCCACUCCCAAUGGUCUGCUCCUUGCUGGCCAUGUCCUCUAGGGAGCCUGGGGUUCCCAGGCCAAGGGGCACUUGGGAUGUGGGUGGGCCAAGGGGAGCCACUGGUGCAGGGUUGGGGCCUGCCCACCAAGGCAGAGGGCUGACAGGUAAGGGUCUGGGCCCCCCAGGGAUGUAGGGAAAAGGGCAAUGGUGCUAGCCUGGGGAGCUGGGCCUGCAGCACCCUGCCACCCCCACCACACACACAGCAUACCCACCCCACAGUGCUGGGCCGCAGCUUGGAGCUUCCUCCCACUGUGAGCUGGGCCAUCUGAGGCAAUCAUUGCCCCCUUCCAGUGGGACAGCGCCCACCUUCUGGCCCCGCCCUCCAGGGCUCAACCCUGCCACCCCCAUGCCACCCCCGCUCCCCACCAUACUUUGCCACAUUCCUUGAGCUUCCCUGCAUUUGCCCAGGACGGUGUGUUUCCACUGUUGAACUCACCUGCCCACUGUGAUGGGCUUGGCUUGUAGGUGUCUGCUCUUGGUAGGCGCCAGAGGCUUCUUGUGGGCACACCUGCUUCCUACCCUGGGCCUGCCUGGAUGGGCCCCCAGCAUGUGGAGUAACUCCUACCAAGCAACAGUUCACAGGGCCCACAGCCGUAUGGCCACACGGGUGCCCUGGCUUCCCACUGAGGCUUGACCACCCUUCUUCCUGCAGGUGCUGCCGGAUGCCCAGCCCCUGGCCCUCUGCUUUCCCAUCCCUCAGAGACUGAGGCCAUGCAGCUGUGCCAAGGUGCCUCCAGCAUGGCGGCGGCUGAAGUACCAGGCUACCUGGUAUCCCCGCAGACGGAGAAGCACCGGCGCGCCCGCAACUGGACGGACGCCGAGAUGCGCGGCCUCAUGCUCGUCUGGGAGGAGUUCUUCGAGGAGCUGAAGCAGACCAAGCGCAACGCCAAGGUGUAUGAGAAGAUGGCCAGCAAGCUGCUGGAGAUGACAGGGGAGCGCCGGCUGGGCGAGGAGAUCAAGAUCAAAAUCACCAACAUGACCUUCCAGUACAGGAAAUUAAAAUGCAUGACAGAUAGCGAGUCCGUCCCGCCCGACUGGCCCUAUUACCUAGCCAUUGAUAGGAUUCUGGCCAAAGUCCCCGAGUCCUGUGAUGGCAAACUGCCGGAUGGCCAGCAGCCGGGGCCCUCCACGUCCCAGACCGAGGCGUCCCUGUCGCCGUCUGCUAAGUCCACCCCUCUGUACUUACCGUAUAACCAGUGCUCCUACGAAGGCCGCUUCCAAGACGAUCGCUCCGACAGCUCCUCCAGCUUACUGUCCCUUAAGUUCAGGUCAGAUGAGCGGCCCGUGAAGAAGCGCAAGGUGCAGAGCGGCCACUUGCAGAAGAAGAAGCUGCGGCUGUUGGAGGCCAUGCUGGAGGAGCAGCGGAGGCUGAGCCGCGCCGUGGAGGAGACGUGCCGCGAGGUGCGCCGCGUGCUGGACCAGCAAAACCUGCUGCAGGUGCAGAGCCUCCAGCUGCAGGAGCGCAUGAUGAGCCUGCUGGAGAAGAUGAUUGCUAAGUCCAGCGCAUAGGGCCAGUGACACCGUGUGGGCCAUCUGUGCCAGGCCGGGACCCGGGGUCGGAACGGACGGCCUUCCGCUCACCCUGGGCUGCUCUGGGGAAGGGAGGCCGCGACUGCCAGUCUCACUCCAGCCGGGUACUUCAGAAGAACUCCUGGCGUCUGUCCUCCAACACCGUCACCAUCAGUGGUACUUGCAGUGGCUUUUGAUACUCGCUGUGUGAUUUCUUGUGACUCCCUGGAAGCAGAACUCACGUUCUCAGCUCACAGGUUGAUCAGUUCCAAACACGAACAUCAACAGGGACAGGCCGGUGACAGCUUCAGGCCUGGAGCAGAAACCCUCCUGUAGGGGAGACGGCGGUCUCGUCUGACCCUGGGCCGAAGCCCAGAGAGCCCGCCGCCCUCACCUCGGAGCGCUGGGUCCUCCGAAGGCCUCCCCAUGAGGACACUAACAGAACAAGGCCAGGUGACCAUGUUUCAGUUCUCUGGGCCCAGGGAGGUGGCACCGAUGAGACAGAGACCUGGCCUCAUGCACUCACACUCUGGUUGGGGAGGCAGCUGAGCAAGGAGGGCAAAGUCAUGAUAGCAGGCUGUGGUCGGCGCCGCACGAGGAGGGAAGAGCAAGGACGAGAAGGGACAAGCUCACCUCCCCGCCUCUAUUCUGUCACCAGGAGGAAAACCUUUCCAGACUAUUUUCUGCUGGCUUCCUCCUAAGUCUUGUUGGCCACUGGGGCUUUGGUUUCCCAGCUGCCAGGGAUGCAGGGCUCCCUGCCUGGGACUGGCAUAUUGCUGCCCACACAGCAGGGUUCUGAGACGACCGGGCUGGUGACUUGGUUUGACUUACGAUCCAGGAAAGCGCCUUCCGGGUGAAGGCAGAUGUCCUGCCAGGAGUCCUUCCCAGCCAUCCUGGUGUGAUAGCAGCCAGCUCAUCUGAUGCUGCUGUGGUCGCCCAGGGGGUAUGAGGCCACCCCAGGCCUGGCUGCGGUGGGCAAGAGACUAGGCAGCCAUGGAGCCCAGAGGGGCCAGAUGCCCCCCAGCUCGGCCACCUUGGGGACCCCCCUGGCACACACACCAGGGACUCCAGCCACACUGCUUUGGGACCAAAGGCAGUAGUGCAGUGAAGGUGUGACCAGUGGUUCUGCUGAAGUGUGAACUUGUCAAUUUCUGCCAAAAUAGCCAGUGUCCCACCAAGGCCAGUCUUGGCUAGCAGCGCAUCUGUGAACCUGUGCUGGGGAGGUAGGCACAGGACAAGCCUCAGCAACCGCUGCAACGGAGACCUCAGGGGCAUCGUGUGCUGCCGACAUGAGCUGGGGGCUGGUUUCAGGCUGUGCCUGAGCAUCACCUAGGUGGCAACAGACUGCGGCUGUGCAUGACCGUCCUGGAGCUCCUGGGGCCGUGGCCGUGGCCGUGGCGCACCAGUGUUCCCAUAGCUGCGGAAGGCUGCGGGCACAUGUGUUAUGUAGCAUUUCUGCCUUUGUACUUAGGGGUCAUUUGCACUGUUUUAUUUUCCCAGCUGUCUCACUGAGCAUGGAGUCCAUGCUCACUCUCUCCAUGUCUCGCUGAAUUGGUGCUGCCACAUGCUCCAUUGGGCUGGAGCAGGGCAGGCGCAAUCUGGCGGAGGUCAGUAGUGCAACUGCCCAUGUUUCUCCCUCCAUAAACUGUAUCUGUCGCGAGUCUCUGAUUUCUUCUGUAGUUACAGAAGGAUGUUGUGGGGGGGGGAUGUGGCCAUAUUGGUAAACGCUAAGCUAUUUGAUAAGAUCCAGCAAGACCGUCUGUUAAUACCAAAAACUGAAAUCAGGAACCAGACAAACAUGCAUCCUUUCACCUUUAUUAUUAUUUAACGUUGGCAUUUUUAGCUAAUGCAUUAAGACAAACAAAAAAAAAAGCGGGAUAAAAGAAAUGAAAAUUACCUUUAUUUUCAGAUGAUAUUUUUCUAUUCCCAGAAAGCAGAUACACAAGAGAUCAAGAGCUCUUUAAACCACCCUGAACAUGUGGAUUAUGAGAACGGAAUAUUCUGCUCAUAGUCAUGCUUGAGAACUGCAGGGAAUCUAUGAACAAGUUUAACCAGAACGGUCCAGGAUCAACACAAAGGAAGCUGUGGUUUUACCGUAAAAUCUAAAACAAUUCCUGAGCGUGUGUGGAAACCACAUACCUCUAAAUGCUCCCAAGUAGUGUCAUCAUUUUAUUAAUGUAAUUCCAACAAUAUUCUCAGUAACAUUGUGGGGUUUUGUUUUAAAAUGGAAGAAAGCUUUUUGUUUUGUUUUUUAAAGUGGGCCCCACACUCAGGGCAGAGCCCGACAUGGGGCUUGAACUCACGACCCUUGAGAUCAUAACCUGAGCUGAGAUCACAAGUCAGGUGCUUCACCGACUGAGCUGCCCCAGCAAGCCCUGAAGAAAGUAUUUGUAAGUUCAUAUGAAAAAAGAAUGGGGCAAAGAGUCUGAGGCCAAAGGAUGGAAAGAGACCACCCAACCUCAUGUAGCACCGGGAAGGCUGUGCUGUCUGUCUGAACCAGAAAAACGUCAAGAGACAGGAGCCCAGAUGCUGCGAGGAAUGAUGGGCCCUGUCGUGAGUGGACGGGUGUUGGGGGGGGGGGGACUGAAGAUGUCACCACUUGUGUUCCUGUGUACCCUCACAACCAACACUGACGCCCAACAGACGACUGUAUGAGAAAUUAAACCUAAGACUUAAAAAUUAUACUCAUUUCAAAAUAACAAUAAGCCCAUUAUAUGUUGACAUCAACGACAACUGCAUGAAAAGUACAUUUUCUAAAACAAAAGGUUUUCGCAGGAAGAGGGGCGUUGUGUUACACGCCCCUCAAUCUCUGGCAGCAGGCUGCCCCCAGUGCUGCCCCGAGCAGCUCCCGAUUCCGUGGGCCACAGGAUAUGCAACCGUCCACAGAAGAUCCCACGCCACAUGGAUAGGUAUUUGGAAAAGAAAGGGAUCUUUCGCUGACACCUGUGGGCCACUGUGCACACCCGUCCUGGAGGACUCCCCUGUCGUGCAGGCAGGUCGCCACAUGAACUCAGUCCAUAUGGUGCCCUGGGGAGCCCCGCCGUGCACUGGGCACAUCAUCCCGUUGCACCGAGUCAGGCCCAUCUCUGUGCCCAUGGCAUGGCAGACCCCCACAGAAAUGUGCUCUCAUCACUCUCCUGGCUGCUAACCAGCAGAGCUGUUGCUGGGACAGGUGGUCAGGCACGGGGCUGUGGGGGCAGCUCUUUUCCUUCUGAUCUCAGUGCAAAAGCAGGAGUUUUGGCUCUGGUCAUCACGACCACAUGAGUUGUUCUCCCGGCGGGGAUGGCUGUCUGUUUCCAAGAGGCACCCAAGUCCCUUCAGGUGAAAAGCGUGUUCCCGUGAAGAAUGUGUCCUGCUGUCCAACAAGAGCUCCCUGGUGUCCAGCAGGAGUCCCCGCGCUGACCGACCCUGUGCUAGCUGCCUUCUCCAGGACUCCAAGCCCAGACACUCACACCACAUGCAGGCCUAGCCCCUGUCCGUCUCGGGUGGGCCCAGUGGGACCCCACACGCCCCCCUCAGGUCAUCUACCUACUUCCUGAAGAUGUAACUAGACCAAAGCAUGGUCCCAUCCCCUGAAUGGCUCUGGAGAUGCCUUCCCUUCCAGGAGUGUGGUUUCCUGGCACAUCUCGGCUUGGCUUCCGAAACACAGAUGCAUCAUUGAGAGCAAUGGGGGACUCUCCAGCUCUGUCGAUGGGGGACACCAUUUGCAGCCACUGUCCCACACUGGAGCAGACCCACAGGCCCCGGGAACAGUGGUCCCCCACGGACCUCAUAGGGCACUAGGUCACCAUCACCGCUGUCUUCCCAGGCGAUAUCCCUGCUCCAUGCCACUGCUGGUCUUCAGGGACCCCCGCCCCCCACAAUGUCCUGUUUAUCCAGAGUGGUGACCCAUCACCGGGUCAGGGCAGGGGAAGAGGAGGGAGCAGGUGCAGGGGCCCCAAGGUGAACCACGCAUGUGUGUUGAAAGAGGAGGGAGGAGAGAAUCCUGGAGAUGCAGAGGUCAUCUCCCCCGGAGCGCUGUGGGACUUCGGCAGCCUCCAGAGCCACGGCCACUCCCUGCGACAAGGGUGAGGGCGUGCUGGCCUCUGUGGGCCGGGCAGCCACACGCACCUCAUUGGACAUCCUGUGGAUGUUCUGACCACAGCUGCGAGUGGGCCGGGGCAGGAGAAGAUGCUGGCUCACCCUCUCCAGGACAGGUGGAGGACACCCGUGUUUGGGAGCGGGCCAUGCCGUCUUUGGCAGGUUACGGCUCUCCUUUUGGAAAACAGCCUUUGGUGCCAGGCUUUCUGGCCUCAGGCAACCAGGGAUCUCUUGGUCUCCAGUGAGCCCUUCCUGGGUACCCUGGUGUGCAUGGGUGACACGCUUGGGGAGUAGGCAUGUGCAUCUGUUUCCACACUGAGCCUCUGUGCCUGCCCUGAUUAGGGUCACAGGCACCUUCCCCAGGGGCCAUCCGUGGGGCUGCUCCCCUGCCAAGGGACAGAUCCUUCCAGGCUCUUGGGAGUGGCAUGGUGGACAUCUCUGUGUGAAAUGUGCUCGCUAACAGGUGUUCUUAAAACAGACAAGACAGGUCUAGGGGAACUCAAAGUUGACCAGGAAAGUCCCCACGUUAUGCUCCCAGGUGAGGGAGGGGUCCAGUGUCACAGCACCAUCCGCGGACAAGGCUGGCCCUCCACUGCCGAAUGGUUUUGGAAUACUGUUAAAAACAAGUUGCCCAGGGACCCCUGGCUGGAUCAGUGGGUGGAGUGAAUGGCUCUUGAUCUCAGGGUUGUGAGUUCAAGCCCCACACUGAGUGGAGAGAUUACUAAAAAAUAAACUUUAAAAACCAACCGAUAAAUUGCCCCCAGAUGUGUGUGUCUCCAUCCACAGUCUGCCUUCUGUCUGUGAGCGAUCAUUUCUGUUCUUGUGUCAACAUGUAACAGUUGUAACUACAGUAAGUCUUGAAAUCUGACAUUGUCCAUCUUUCAACCUUGUUACUUUUUUUACAAAUUACUUGAAUAUUUUAAGUCCUUAGCAUUUCCACAUAAAUUUUUUAAAUAUAGAAAACGACACACAGUGUAAAAUCUACUGUUUUAAUCAGUUCCGUGAACCAGCAAGUCAGUUCCCACGGUGGCAAGCACGCCUGCCCUCCACCCUCCCUGACUGACCUUGUGUCCCCAGGGAGCAGCAUCCUGCCCUUCUCCACUCCUGGCCCUUGACACCUGGUACCUGACUUUCUGCCUCCAGGCACUCAACUCUCCUAGGCCAGGCUGUCAUGAGAGGGUCGCACAUCUGGACGCAUCCUCCAUGUUCACCCGUGUGGCAGCAGGCCCACCAGCCUGCGUGCCCACCAGCGGAGCACGUGGGUCCCCUUUCCCCACAUCCUCACCAACACUGGUUCUUUCCACCCUU